AUAAAAACAGCCUCAAAACGACUGGAAAAUGUUAAAAUGAGCACCUCUGGCAAAUAUUUAUGAGCUUAGUUAAAUGUGUUAUUACUACCGGGCAGUAGUACGUCACUUUGUGAAGGGUUUCGUUUAGUGUAUUUUACCACUCUGCAUGUAAUAGAACCAAUGUUUGCUUGUUCUAUUGGAGCAGGAAAUAGCAACUAAAAUUUUAUUGACACAAGUCAACUGUCAUCUUAUAUGACAUUAAUUCAGCUCCGUUGGCUGUCGCGGCUCAUUCACCUCGGCAAAUUUACAGUCCAUAAAACAGGGACACAUUUUGAGUCAAUAAAUGUUUUUUUCCGCUCCUUCAGAAACCGCUGGAGAAGUCCCUGCAACCUUUUCUGUCUGUUCUUCAGAUGUGAGAGCGACACGGUGAUUUUCCAGUGUUGAGGCAGCAAAUCAUUGAGGGGCAUGGAGCUGUGGAAUAUGACUGAUGAACCAGCCAAGCCAUUCUCAGCAUUGACCAACUGCACGGUGGACACAAGCUACCGAUUCACCUUCUAUCAAGUGUCCUACAGCGUCAUCUUCCUGCUGGGCUUGGCCACCAACGGCCUGGCGUUGCAUAGACUGUGUUCAUCUCCGUGCACCAUCAACAGCACAGCCAUUUACAUGGUCAGCCUGUCAGCUGCUGACUUGUUUUUUGUGAUCUCACUGCCUCUGAGGAUCUACUUCUACUACCAAAAGGCUCAAACCGUGUCCCCCAACACAGGAGUGAUGUCCAGGUGGACACCUGGUGCGACGUACUGCCACUUAACCUUUACCCUCAAAUACAUCAGCCUCUACGGGGGCAUCUUCUUCCUGGUGUGCAUCGCUGUGGACCGUUACUUUGCUGUGGUGCACCCUCUGGGGUCAACGCUGCGCAGGCUGCGUGUCGCACAGCUGGUGAGUGGGGGCCUGUGGUGCCUCGUGCUCACACUCAGUGUGAGUUUGCCUCUGCUGCGAUCAGCUGCCGCUCACCAGCACCAACCCUGCCAGUUGGACCCAUCCUCCCAACACCACCGGACCAUCAUACUGGCCGCCCUGGGCUUAGUACUGGGCUUGUUUCUGCUUCCCACUGUGCUCCUUCUCUACAGUUACUGCAGAGUGCUGAGCGUCCUUCGCCAGUCAAGACACCGCUCGCGCAGCCAGCAACGCAGCCGCAAGCACACACUCACAGUCAUUUACUGGGUGCUGGGCGUCUUCUUGCUGUGCUUCGUUCCCUAUCACAUCAACCUGCUGGGAUACACGCUCACACACGUGGGGCUGCUCUCCCACUGUGGCUUAGCCAAGGUGACCAAGGCUGUGCAUCCUGUGGUUCUGUCACUAGCCAGCUCCAACUGCUGUCUCAACCCACUUAUCUACUAUUUCUCCAGCAGCCUGGUGCUCAGGAAGGCACCUGGUGGUGGUGGCAGUGGCAGCCGUUGAUGGGGGGCAGGAAGAAGUCUUAAAAAAACCUGUUCAGUUCAGCUUGUUUUGUCCUCAUGGGGACAGCCACAACAACAAAGCAUCUUAUGCAAGUAUUUCUGGUUCUACACCAUACAGCGUACAACAUACCAUGCAAAGUAACCAUACAUCUGAGGACUGCUGUUCGCUGCACCUCAGGCAGCACAGACAUGGAGCACAAGGAGCACAACCUCCUGAGAAU